AUGACGUUUGAUUGGUUAAAACAUUGUAACUGUGGAUCAGUAGAUUUGACUCAGCUUGCCAACAACGCUCUAUCCUUAAUUAACGUCGAACCUUACAUUCAGAGUAUUCAUGAAAUUACUCCUGAUUUCGUCUUUGACUUAGCAGUUGUCUUAUUUGGUAGCGAUAUUUUGCCUCGUCGUGGUCGCGCUGAGACCGAAUGUGUAGAAAACUUCGAGGCUAUUGUGUUCAAAUUGUCUGAAGAAAUAGGAGUGGACUUGGAUCACAUUGUACCAGAAGACCUUAUGGUUGGAGAACCCAGAGCAUUAUCGGAUUUUCUUGUCCUGCUAACCGCAUUUAUUGCCUACUGUCAUGAAUCGAACCUUUUGGAGCUCCAAAUAUCAGCGAAUGAGUCUUCCUCUGAGUGUUCAGGCCGCUUGAUUACUAACUCAAAAGUAAAUUCAAAGACAGAGAAAUUUCUAGAAUGCCAGCUAUCUACUUCUCCUGAAUUACCACGUCAUAGUGUGACUUGUGCACCCAUGUUUUCUACAUCCUUUCACCAAUCUGAUCGGUCUAUUGAUCAAAGUACACCAGUGAAGCGGACUCCAGCAUCUUUCCAAACUAGAAACCCUUAUCCACCCGUUGAUAAUGUCAAUUCAUUACUACAAAAAUCAAAUUUAUUUGCAGUCCAAUCGGAUAACUUGAAACCAAGUUAUCCUGUUUCUUCGUGUCUUUCCAAUUUCUUAGAGGUACAUACAGACACUUCACCUCCAGCAACACCAAAUGCAAUGAAUGGAUAUCUAGAAAUCGUCCAUUCUAAUUUAUCCGAUGCAGAUAUUCUACCUAGUUUAGAGAAUUCUUUGAAUAUGCAACAAUUUAUGCCUAGUUCUCCAGUUGAUGAAUUUAAGAAAUUAAAAAAUUCUGGCUCUCAUUUAACACGUUCACCUAAUAAGGAAUAUUUUGGAAGUAGAAAUUUUAUUUCUGCUGAAUCUACUGUGUUGGAUGAUCAGUCGUCAUUACAUGAACAUAAAGUGCAUCUUUCUGCAUCCUCAAAUAAUAUCAAUAACAGAAGUGUUUCAUCCUCUGUUGAAUUAAUUCAUAAGUCAAUUAGUGAUAAACAUGAUAGUUCAAGUAGUGGUCGUGGUCGUAGUUUAACAGUUACACAAACAGUUCCUUUUCAAUCUAAUACAUCACCUCCUUCAAGUCUUCUUGAAUUACAUACUUUUCCAGAUUCACGUAAUACAACUCAUAAUUAUCCUAUAGAGCAUAAUAAUUCCUAUCCUUCUCAGAAAUCUUUAAACAAACUUAUAUCUAAUGAGAAAAUCAAUAAUAGUUAUGAUUCUAUUCAUACAAGUAGUAUAUUAGCUUGGAACGAAGAAAAUGUUAAAUAUAAUAAGAAAAUAAAUAAAAAUGAAUUACAUGAUGGAUCAUUAGAUGAAUUAACUUCACUUUUAUCAACUAGUUUAAUAUCUGAUACAGAAAAAGUUUCAAAUGA